GGAAAAAAAAAAAAAGAAAGAAAGAAAGAAGAUUCAUUCACACAAAUCCGCUGUACAGUGCAAAAUGCACUACGCCUCCCCUUCGGAUGACCCCAAAAAUGGAAAAACAAAGUAAAUUUCCAAAAACAGCCUUAAACACAUCCGGAACCACGAAAGGGUACUGAAUCACAAAGAUUCAUCGCAUAAUGUAACGACACACUUUGAUACCCCCUUCAACCAUCUCUCCUCUCCUUGAAUUUUCCAAAUUUGAAGAUGAGCUGUUCAAAGGGCAAAGUUUGUAGCAUGUGUGGUAAUGUUGGAUUUGCUGAAAGAGUUGUUACUUGUUCUACAUGCAAGAAAAUAUCACAGCAUAUAUAUUGCAUGCAGAAACCGCCUGUUGGUACUCCUAAUAACUGGCAUUGUGAACAAUGCACUGUCACACAUAAAGUAAAGCCUCCAAGAAGGGGCACUAUUCUAAUUGAUGUGAUAGAUGGUGGGAAAAUUAUACCAGUCAAUAGGAGUUGUCCAUUAAACAGCUGGAACGCCUCCACACAACCCAGACCAUUGAAGGGCUCUAGGAGGGCACAACGUGUACGAGCCAAGAAAAAUCUACCACCUCCAUUGCAUUGCUCAGCAAAGGCACCUGGUGCAUCUCCGUCUACUGUAGUCCCAAUCCUUGGUGCUUCCCCCGCUCCCAACAAUUCAACGGAGAUUCAAACUAUUGCCAUUUCCCCAGUGACCCCAGCAUUAAAGGCAUAUGAAGUCUAUUCUCAGGGGAUAAAGAUGAGUGCAAAACCUGCCAUGCAUCUUUCUCGCUCUAAGAUUGCCAGAGAAGCCGGUCCUUGUGUAAAGGAAGGGAAUGCAAAUGACUAUCAAGUUUCAGGUAAACGAGACUCUGAUGUACUUGGCAACAAGUGGCCACCAGAGACGCCUGAGGAUCCAAGAUCACAUAAGUCUCCAGUUAAUGACAUUGCAGUUGCUUCAAAUAAUCCAGCGGUUUUGCAAUCCAAACCUGAAGAAAAGAAGAGAGUAGCAAGGAAUUCAAAAGGAGAGUGCUGCGAAGAAAUUGUUAGGAAAAAUCCUGCAAAAGGCUUUCCGGGAACAAAAUCCCAUAACAAGUCAGCAGGCUUGGACACUAUUGGAUCCAGCCUACUGUACUCUAAGAAGACUAAAAUUCUUUGUCCAGUUGGUUUUUCAGGAGAAAGCUGUGAAGAACUUGUUAAGAAAAAUCCUGCGGAAGGCUGUUCUGAAACCAAAUCCCAUAACAAAUCAACAGGCUUGGACACUAUUGGAUCCAACCUACCGCACAAUGAGAAGACUAAAAAUCUUUCUCCGGUUGGUUUUUCAGGUAAUACGGCAUCCCAGAACUCCAAUUUUGCAAGGAAAUCUCUUCUGCUUUUAGAUGAAAUGGUUCAGUACCGACCAGUUUCAGACACGUGUUGGAAGGGACGAUUCAUGAUAAAUUAUCCACGUGAUACCGAAUAUCCUAUUGUUGCAGGAAUUCUGGCUCAUUUUCCGGGAACUGUAGCUCUUAAAGUUUACGAAACUGUGAAAGAAUUAAGUGGUAAGGAUAUACGGGUUAAGCUUUGCCAGAGGAGGGAUGUCUGGCCCAAACUUUACAGAUUAGACCCUCCUGACUAUAACGAUGUCGGAGUCUACUUCAUCCCAUCUAAAGAGCAAAGGUUGGAUGGGACAUUUAGAAAACUUGUAGACCAGAUGGAUCGACAAGAUUUUGCAAUGCAAAGUAGCAUGGAAAAUCUCGAGCUGUUAAUAUUUACAUCAGCACAACUUCCUCAGGAUUCCACAUUGAUUGGAGUAGCUCCAGAUGCAUGCUUGUGGGGAACUUUUCACCGCAUAAGACCAAGAAAACAAGCAAUACGAGAUAAAGGAAAAAGUCCUUUAAUUUCUACUGGCUCAGGGAGCACUGGUGGUUGUCAGGAUCAUGCUUCAGAAUGCAGCUCUCAGUUCAAGGCUACUGCAGGAACAAAGAGACCUGUUCCUGAACCUGAUGUUCCUCUUGCCAAUAAUCUAGGAGAAAGUACAACGUAUGGCUUCUCUGGGUCUAUUUAUCCACCAAAAAGGAAGCUAAACUGUACGACUGGUUAAAUAUUCUAAGCAGCGUACAAAAGGUCGAAAUAUCAUACGUGUGAGCAGUUGAAAUUUUGGACAGGCGACCUCUAACAUGGAGUAGAUAAUGGCAAUAGGAACGAAAGUAGCAUGGUGGAGUUGUGCACUAAUGAAACUAGCAAGAAGGAUGGAAAGUUAGUGUAUAUGAGGUUGUAUGUUAAACAAAAGAUUUCGUAUCAUUUGGUUUCUUCUUUUAAUUAUAAUGACCUUACCCUAUUCUCAA